CGGGUUUCAAUUUUACCGUUUUAAAACUGAUGAAAACUUAACUGUAAUUGUUAACGUACGCAUGGUGUGUUUCUGAAAAGUGAAUAUUUGGCCAAAUUUUGUACAUGCCGAUUUAUUUCAAUCAUAUAUUGUUUAAAUUUUUUAAACAAUAUUUAGGUUUAAGUUACCUAUUAAUGGAGAUAGAGCAUUUUUUAAAUAACUGUGAUGAGAAUUUUAAGCUCAAAUCUGAUAUUCCGAAACUCUUGACGUCCGAACCUUGCUGUCUUGGUAUAGAUGAAGCUGGGAGAGGGCCUGUGCUUGGUCCGAUGGUGUACGCUUCUUGCUUCACACCAAUAUCAUGCAAAGACAAACUAGCGGGGCUCGGUUGUGAUGAUUCCAAAGUAUUAAAAGAAGAACAGCGCGAAAGUUUAUUUGAGACGCUCAACAAAGCUAGUGAAUACAUUGGGUGGAUGAUUCAUAUUCUCUCACCUGCCUAUAUUUCAACUUCUAUGCUAGGAAGAUCAAAAUACAACUUGAACUCUAUCUCGCAUGACACUGCCAUAGAUUUGAUAAGAAGCGCUUUAAAACUUGGUGUGGAAGUAACAGAAGUUUAUGUGGAUACAGUUGGGCCACCUCAGACUUACGCUGAAAAAUUAAAGAAAAUCUUCCCCUCUAUAAAAUUUACUGUUGAGAAAAAAGCGGACUCCAAAUACCCUGUGGUUAGCGCUGCAAGUAUUUGCGCGAAAGUUUGUCGAGAUAAGGCUGUUAAGGAGUGGCGGUUUAGGGAAAACCCCGACACCGAUACAAAAUACGGCUCCGGAUACCCUGCAGACCCUGUAACAAAGGUAUGGUUGCGUAACAAUGUUGACCGGAUAUUUGGAUUCCCAAGUUUUGUUCGGUUCAGUUGGUCAACAACAAGCAAACUGCUUGAAAACGAAGCUGUUCCGGUUCACUGGGCGGACGAUGAUGAAGAAAGUUCAAACGAACCAAUCACGUCGUACUUCUCCAAGAAGGGGAAUUCCCGACACCAGUUUUUUACAGAAAACAAAAUGAAACGCGUCACAAAUUUUUAGUUUUUCCCUAAAAUUAUUUCAUUCAAUGCUAUAUUCUGUCUUUUUCUGGUUACCGGUAAUUGUUAAGAAUCCACCUUCUACAUAAUACGCUAACCAAUACCAAACUUGUUGCCAUUUUUGUCUCGAUAUUUUUUUGAUAUGUUUUCUCCACAACUUGUACCACCGCCACGUUUUUUCUUCUUUUUUAUAAUAAAUUUAGACAAAAACACAGA